AUGUCUAAAGAAAUGCAAGAGCUGCAGAAGCAAUGGCACUCCGUGAUGCAGUCCAUUCACAGCAACUCAAAUGUUGUUGCAUUUAUGAAUUCUCGUGUUGGCCAAUAUUUAGAUGACCAUCCUUUUGUUGCCUUAUCACUCCUGAUGUUUAUUGCAGUGUCUGCUAUUCCCGUUGCAUUUUUCCUCAUUUUUGUUGUUACAACAGCCAUAAUGGCCUGUAUCGGUGUGAUAGUUAUGGAAGGUGUUGUAAUAGCUAUAGGCGGCAUAACCCUCCUUUGUGUGCUGUGUGGCCUGGGAGCGCUUUCACUGGGAGUUUCUGGAGUCCUGAGUAUUUGUUACGUUGUUCUUUCAACUCUGGUCAACUACUGGCAUGCUUCAAGGGGUCAGAUAAGGAAGCAAGAAGCUAAUGGAAGUUUGCCACAAAAGAGUCCUUCUGACCCGGAUCUUUCUGCCAAUGAUAGAAAGAACGAAUAA